CUCCAUUUCCCAAGUGGCAUUGCGGGAGCUCCGUUUCUAGGUGUCUAGCAACAGCUUUCAGCCCAGACAGCUGGCGGCGGCAACUGGAGCGCUAUUUUAUAACAUUAUUCGCUGCCGGUUGUUCAUAAUUAUUAGUCACUAAGCUGAAAACAGUGGGAAAAAUAACUCUGACCUCUGCUCAGAGAUAUGAGCGGCAGCGGGCGGCCCAGGACCAGCUCGUUUGCUGAGCCGCCAGGUGUUCCAGGAGCCCUUGCAGCCUCCGCCGGAUCAGCCGCUGCCGUGGGGAGCAGCACAGGAAAGUCCGGGGUCCCGCAGGCCUCCGGCAGCAGCUCGUCGGGAUGCUCGAACCUUAAGCUUUCCAGAGACAUUGGGAAGGUGACGACGGUCGUAGCGACGCCGGGUCAGGGUCCAGACCGCCCACAGGAAGUCUCCUACACCGAUAUCAAGGUUAUUGGGAAUGGAUCGUUUGGCGUCGUGUACCAGGCCCGGCUCAUCGACAGCCAGGAGAUGGUGGCCAUUAAGAAAGUUCUGCAGGAUAAGAGGUUUAAGAACCGGGAGUUACAGAUCAUGAGGAAGCUGGAUCACUGCAACAUCGUCCGUCUGCGAUAUUUCUUCUACUCCAGCGGCGAGAAGAAAGAUGAGGUUUACCUCAACCUGGUGCUGGAUUUUGUCCCUGAGACGGUCUACCGGGUCGCCCGGCACUUCAACAAAACCAAGAGCAUCAUUCCCAUCAUUUAUGUGAAGGUCUACAUGUACCAGUUGUUUCGCAGCCUUGCCUACAUCCAUUCGCAGGGCGUUUGCCAUCGAGACAUCAAGCCGCAGAACCUCCUGGUCGACCCGGAAACUGCCGUCCUCAAGCUGUGCGACUUCGGCAGUGCCAAGCAGCUGAUUCGCGGCGAGCCCAACGUGUCAUACAUCUGCUCGCGGUAUUACCGCGCCCCGGAGCUCAUCUUCGGCGCCACCGACUACACGGCGAACAUCGACAUCUGGUCGGCCGGCUGCGUGCUGGCGGAGCUGCUGCUGGGUCAGCCCAUAUUCCCCGGGGACAGCGGCGUCGACCAGCUGGUGGAGAUCAUCAAGGUGCUGGGAACGCCAACGAGGGAACAGAUACGAGAGAUGAACCCAAACUACACAGAGUUCAAGUUCCCACAGAUCAAAGCUCAUCCAUGGACCAAGGUGUUUAAACCUCGUACCUCUCCGGAGGCCAUCACCCUCUGCUCCCGGCUGCUGGAGUACACGCCGGCGUCGCGCCUCUCCCCGUUGGAGGCCUGCGCCCACGCCUUCUUCGACGAGCUGCGCCAGCCGAACGCGCGGCUGCCCAGCGGACGCGAGCUGCCCCUGCUCUUCAACUUCAGCACCACAGAGCUCUCGAUCCAGCCUCAGCUGAACUCGAUCCUCAUCCCUCCUCACGCUCGCUCGCAUACGGCUGCUUCUGUCCACGAUGGUCCCGGUUCAGAUUCAUCUCACCACAGUUUGCUUCCUGGACCCGUGAACAGCAUGUGAAGGGCAAACCAACGACUACCUGCAGGCCUCUCUUUCUCAGACACACACACACCCACACACACGCGCGCCCACACACACCCACACACACGCGCGCACACACACACACAAGCUCUCUCUGCUGCUUUCUGUCCUCUCUAUAAUCUGUCUCUGUACAGUAAAUCUGUUAAGACUGUUAGCUCUUUAGCUGCCGGGAUGGAAACGGCAGGAGGUUGUUGUAGACACACACACACACACCCACACAUACACACGCACACCUGGUGUGGUGGAACGAGGAGGUUCAAUAGUGGGGGCUGGUCCUCUGAAAAGAACGUUUUUAAUCCGCGUUUUGUUUUUAUUUAUUUGCCAUGUGGUCAAACGUUGAUUAUUUUUAAAAUCAGAUAAUUUUUUAUUCUUGCGUGUUUUUAGAACCGUGAUGUUUGGAAAAUCCAACCCAGAGUUUUGGUGUAAAUGAAAACCUCCUGACUAGGAUCAGUUGGGCAGGCGGCAUCAGCAGCCACAGAGAUCCACUUUAGUCGUGUUUCUCACCUCUUACUUUUGAUUUUAGUUUUAAUUUAGGAUGAAGUGAAUUUGUUGAAAAGUUAGCACUUUUAGCAACAUGCAGUUGAGCUUUUUGUGUGGUUUGCUGAACACAAACCACACUUGGUUUGGUCUGGUGUUCAAUGUUCAGAUUGAACAUUGAACACCAGACCAAUGUUCAAUCUGAAACGCUUUGCAAAAUGACUUCCAGUGACGCCUUUGGCUGUUUCUGACUAAUUUCGUCUUUAAACGCAUCGGAUUUGUCUUGAUUUGGAAUGUUCUGCACCCGAUUUUUGUGCCGCUAAAACAUCCGUCUGAGCGUGCAAAGACCGAACAGCCUGUGUUUUUUAUUUGAUUCUUAUUUUUUAUGGCUGAAAAUGGAGUAAGAUGUAGAAAUGAAAUGGUCUGGAUAUGAACCCUGCUGAAUGCCGCUCCACAUCUCAGGUUGUUUAAAUGCCAAAAGAAAGACAAGACUGGUCUGUUGGAGACGUUGCUUUAAAAUGACAGGUUAACAGAGUUUUACAUUAAUUCAGCCUUAAAUACAUGGAAAAAUAUAUGAGGGAGUAUUAGGGCCUCUCUAAGAAAAUAAAAAAUAA